AUGUUUGGUGGUCGCAGCCCCUUCGGGUCUAACAAUCCCCAAAGAGAGGGCUACUCACGGCCCCCGCAAGGCUACCCACCCCAAGGUUAUCCGCCUCAGCACGGAGCUCCGGGCUAUGGAUCGCCAUCUCCACGACAACCUGCACAGGGUGGUCGCCCACUACCGCAAGCUCCGAUGGGGGGAAGACCAAGUGAAGGAGGGUGGCGCUUGAAGGUCAUGGAGAAUGCGGAUAAAGGAUACCAGUUCAGGAACUUUGUUGCGCUCUCGACACAAGAUUUCCCCCGUGCCCAGUUCGGACAAGAAGACAUUUUGAUCAUUGUCAAUAACCGCAAUGUGUUCACUGCGCGCCCUGCUGAUGGAUUCCCCCCUGGAUACAUUGGUCUUUCCGGCAUCCAAAGACCGUGGGCCGGCGCUGGACUCCGAGAUGAACUCUUCAUACAGAUAUACGACCCGUUCCGUCAGGGUGGAGAAGCGUACCUCGGAUCUGCCGACAUCGAGGUGAAGUUUGCUGGAAAAUCCAGGACGGAUGAAUUAUAUGAUCAGGAUGAUCUUGCUGCCUCCGUGAUAAAGAAUUUUGAAAGCCAGCUAUUUGCGCCGGGCCAGCCGGUAUUAAUGGAUCAUCGCGGCAUCCCGCUCCAGUUGAGAGUCAAAACCAUUCUGCGUGUCAGCCUGACCUCAGAGAAGGAGACUAGUAAAGAGCCAGAGACAGAUCCUACAGCUAGGGGCAUUCUUACGAAGCACACGGUGAUCAACUUCUUCAAGGACCCUGAGAGCAACAUCCAGAUCAAACCCGCAAAGAACCGGCCAGCGGCAAACGCUAUAAUUCAACCCGACUUCAACACCGAGAAGAUGGGAAUCGGUGGUCUCGACUCGGAGUUCCACACCAUCUUCCGCCGAGCGUUUGCAUCUCGCAUUUUCCCACCCGACAUUGUGCAAAAGCUUGGCAUUCAGCACGUUAAAGGUAUAUUACUGUUUGGGCCUCCAGGAACCGGUAAAACGUUGCUUGCCCGGCAAAUCGGAAAGAUGUUGAACGCAAAGGAGCCGAAAAUCAUCAACGGUCCGGAGGUACUAAACAAGUUCGUCGGACAGUCAGAAGAAAAUAUCCGGAAACUUUUCGCCGAUGCAGAGCGGGAGUAUAAGGAGAAAGGCGAUGAGAGUGAGCUUCACAUUAUCAUUUUCGACGAACUAGAUGCCGUGUGUAAACAGCGUGGCAGUGGAGCAGGCGGCGGUACUGGUGUCGGUGACAGCGUGGUCAACCAGCUGCUAUCGAAGAUGGAUGGUGUUGAUCAGCUUAACAAUAUCUUGCUUAUUGGUAUGACCAAUAGGAAGGAUAUGAUUGAUGAUGCGUUGCUGCGGCCGGGUCGUCUCGAAGUGCACGUCGAAAUCUCGCUUCCUGAUGAGGCCGGUCGAGCCCAGAUUCUCGGCAUUCACACUCAAAACAUGAGCCAGAGUGAUCUACUGGACCCGAGUGUCAAUGUGGCAGAACUCGCCAGCUUGACGAAGAACUACUCGGGUGCUGAAAUCGCUGGUCUCGUAAAAGCGGCAACUUCGUUCGCGUUCAAUCGGCACAUUGAUUCCGGUAAAACAGUCAGGGUCAAAGAUGAUGCAUCGGAAAUGAAGGUCAACCAUUCUGAUUUCAUUCAUGCACUCGAUGAAAUCCAACCAGCAUAUGGUGUGUCCGAGGAUGAAAUCAAGCGAUGCAUCGAGCACGGCAUUAUCACUUAUUCUGAGAAAAUUGGCGGUGUUCUUAAGGAUGGGGAGGCACUGGCGAAAGGGCUUGGUCACCCUGACCAAACACCACUGUGGUCUGUUUUGUUCAACGGGCCGCCUGGCAGUGGGAAGACUGCUCUUGCAGCUCAGAUUGCUUUAGACUCGGGUGCACCUUUCAUUAAAAUGAUCUGCCCUGAAGAUAUAGCUGGAUUUAGCGAGCAGGCUAAGAUUCAACAUAUUCUCCGAGUCUUCAAUGAUGCCUACAAAAGUCAGACUAGUGUUGUCGUUGUCGAUGAUAUCGAGACUAUUAUUGACUAUGUGUCUGUCGGGCCUCGUUUCAGCAAUAGCGUCCUGCAGACACUCAAGGUAUUGUUCAAGAAACGCCCACCAAAGAACCGGAGACUUCUUGUUCUGGCGACUACCAGUCAGCGAGCACUUAUGAAAGAGUUAAAUAUUUACACGUCGUUCAACUCCGACAUCGAUGUUCCAAAUGUCACUAACCACGAAGAGCUGAAUCACAUCAUGGCAAAAUCUGGAGUAUUCACCAGCGAACAGAUUGCGGAGGCAUUAGGACGUAUUGAUACUCUGAAGGGACAAACCGCUUACAGCAUCACCACCGGCGUCGGUAUCAAGAAGGUCUUCGAUGGAAUCGAGCUUGCUAAGAAGACACCGACAGAGCUGGUAAACCAGUUUGUUCGUUUUGUCAACAGUGCCGUUCAGGAGGGAGCAUUGGCCACUAGGGGACCUAGAGCUGAGGAAUUCGAGUUCAGUUAG